UGGGGGUGCGGCCUAGUCCGGCCCUGCAGCCUUCCAGCCCCGGGACUUGCCUAGCCUUCCUCUGCCCCCAGGAAGGGAGUUGCGUGGGGAGACCCGGCCUAGGCCCAGAGAGAGGAGUGAAUAAUGGAGCUGGAUGAGGAAGUGAACGAAAAUUUAAGGAUGCAGCUUAAGGCUCUCCAGGAACAGCAGCAGAAGAGGAUGCAAAACCUGAUGGAGAAGAAGAAAGAAAAACAACAACAGAGCAUGAAACAAAGCGAAAAGGGCAGUCAAGAGGAAACCUUUGGGGUCCAAGAUAAUCUCAGCUUGUACACUGUGGGCAGUGAGAUGCCUAAGGAGGACAUUAGCAAAAGGUUACUUGAAAAUGAAAACGAACAGCUCCAGCAGCAGCUUCGAGAGACUGUAGAUGAAAACGGCAGACUGCACAAAGUGCUCAAGGAGCGAGAAUUUGAAAUCAAGCAGCUGCACAAGAAGAUUGAGGAAGAGAGGCUGGCCCUGAUGGGGACCUCGGGCGUCACGGGAGACGUCGCGGCCGCAAAAAUAGUUGAGUUGGCAAAGCAGAACCGGCACAUGACUGCGGAGGUUGAAAAGGAGAAAACCAAAGUGAAGCAGCUGAACAACAGAAUCAAGGAGCUGGAAAAAGAGUUACAAAUGUCAGCUCUCAAGCCCCAAUCACUUGAGGAGAAAGACAGUCAGCCUGCUCGUAAGACAACGGAAAUGCCUCUGAGCCCAGAGAUGAAAGCCUUGCAAGAAAAGUUAACAGCAGCCAACUUCAAAGUGUCUGAACUUCGCAACCAGCUCCAGACCACAAAGCAGGAACUGAAGACGACACAGAAGCUUUUAGCCAGUGAAGUUGGAGAAGACGUCAACAUUCAAAAUCUGUUGUCCACCCCUGGCACCUGGCGUGGGCGGGCUCAGCAGAUCCUGGUCCUACAAGGGAAAGUCCGGGAACUAGAGAGCCAGCUGGGCCACACCAGAAGCCGGUUGUCCGAGAGCAGCACUGAGGAAGAGACUGUAAGCCUGAAGGAAUCGAGGAAGACAUCUGCCCAAAAAAAGAACCUGCAGAGGAUUCGUAGCUUGGAAAAAGAAAAGAAAGAAACUCUAGAGAAACUUACAGGGGAACAUAACACCCUCCUGAAGGAUUAUGAAGAGCUGAAAAAGAAGUUGGACAGCUCCAAAGCUCGGAACAAAGUCUUGUCUCACGAAGUGAAAACCCUGAAGGAGCAGAUCUCGACCCUGCUGGACAAAGGGAAGCACGAUGACGAACUCGUUGACGCUUUGCUGAGCCAGCAGAAGGAGAUGCAAGCCAUCUUGAAGAACCUGAGCCAGCAGGAUGAGAGGACCAAGGAAUCCCACCAGAACCUGGAGCAGCAGCUGAGUGUUGAGGUCCAGAAGCAAAACUGCCUCAUCGAGCAGCUUAAGCAGAUGGUCGCCGAGAGAGAGGCCAGGGUGAAAGAAUUGGAGGAGGAGGUCCAGCAGUUCACUUCGCAGCACCAUCGAAAAGAGGAAAGCAGUCCAGACUCUCUCUCUACACUGUCAGCCGAAUCUUUGGAAGAAGGGAAUAGUUCGUCAGGAUCCCGGAGGGAUGACCUUGUUGGAAGUGAUAGCUCUGUGAGGAUGGUGUCUAAGAUGGGUCACACCCUCGUGGACUCUGUGGCGACCUCAUUCCCAACUACUGUCUCUCCUGGGAGUGUUGUUGAGCCUGAUAAUAUAGACAUGAAAACCAUGAAGAUCCAGAUUGCAGAGUACAAGGCCCUGGGACAAGCCGCUGAAGCAGAAAGGGGCAAGCUGAUAGAAAUGGUCAACAUCCUGCAGAAAAGGGUGGACGACAGCACCACCAAGGUCUGGGAAGCAGAUAAGAAGCUCCAGGAGCAGCAGCGAAAGUACAUCGCUCUAGAGCAGCAGUUUGAACAUCUGAAAACGGAGUCGGGGAAGAAUUCUGGCGCCCCAAAGAACCCCUCUAAGAACAAAGCAGCAACAGGCCCCACAUCUACAGCUCAGCCGCCCAACAGCACCAGGCUAGACUGGAACGUGGGUGACAGGAGCGGCCCUCCAACAGCACAACAUUCGGAGGUGCCCCUGGAGUCCCAAAUAGAAGAACUAUCCACAAGGCUUGCGAUCCAGAUGGACGAGAACGAAAGCCUGAAGAUCGCCUUGCAGGACUCUGCGAAGACCAAAGAGGAAGACUUCCGGCUGUACCAGGAGACUGUGGGGCAGGUGAAGGACAUCUUCCUGCAAGCUCUGAGGCAGCAGAAGCAGGACCGGAACUAAGCCAAGCCCACCCAGAGCGCCCUAUGGAGGGAGGGAGGGAGUCAUUGGGGAAUCCCAGGGAUCUCACACGCUUUACACCUGGCCAGGUUUGCCCCUCGAAAUGAUAUCUGUUUGAACACUUGCAGGAGGGAGUGAGGAGACCUGCUGAAGACGUAGCAGACGUAGGAAACUCUUCCCAGCCAGAGGCCCCUAGAGGUCAGCUCUUCUCACCCCACGAUGAUGGACAUGUAACAGUCUCUUUGGUGGAACUUUAGGUCUCCUCUGCUCUUUGGUGUAUGAGCUGCCACUAAAGGAUUGGCCUGUGUUGAAAACAGCUGGGCCUGCUUUAUGUGCCUGCAAUGCUGCUCUGUUUAAAUCUGUAAAUACAGGACGUUGUUGUCACCCUUGGCAAAGCCAUAACAAGAUAAAAGGGUAUCUUAUUUUCUCAACAAAAGGAAAAAGGACAUUCCUUGUUUGGUCUCUGCUUUCUGUUUUAGAGAGAGAAGGCAACCAGACACAGCGGAUACAGGUGUGCUACCGGGGUCCUUCCAGAUUCACUAUUUUCUGGUGGGAUUCUGUCACAUACCUGUAAAUUCAGGUUGAGUAAUAUCCAGAGACUUUAAGCAGCCUCAUGAGCAGCGUGAUCUUGGCAACUCAUCAGCUGAGGCAGUGUUGAAUAAUAAUAAUAAUAAUAAUAAUAAUAAUAAUAAUAAUUGACUUUUUCUCAGACAAGCUUACACAACUUGACAACUGGGCCAAAGCAAACAAGAUGAAUUUUAACAAGGAGAAAUGUAAGGUACUACACUUGGGCAAAAAAAAUGAAAGGCACAAAUACAG